CAGAAAAAAUGGCCGGGUUAAGGCAUAACGAAGUUGACGAUGCUCUAACUGAUGCCCAUGCUGAUGAAUCACCACCAAGACAAGACCCAGAAAGUUCGAGGACGUCUAGACAAGGCCAAGGAAUGAAUAUGGAUAACUCUAAUCAGCUACUGGUCGUUGAAGUGAGGCUGGAUGUUGAUGCAACACCACCAAGCAAGGAUGCUACACGAUCGGGCAAACAAGUACUUGAUGAGGAAGUGGCUGGCUCUUAUCAACAAAAACUAGAAGGGGAAUUCCUUGGGUCCGGUGAGCAAGACAAAGGAUCGACUGCUGAUGAAGAGAAAACAGAGAAGGAAACAACACGAAAACAGAAACCUACCAGAUUUGAUAAAAAAUUCUACGAGGCGGUGCGUCGUGGAAAGUUGGAUGAGGUGAAGAGCAUGUUGGAUAGUGACAAUGCACUGCUAGACAAUAGAUUUACGAAGUUCGAGGAAAAUGCUAUCCAAGUGGCGGUGGUUGCCGGAAAGGGAAAGAUUGUUUCAGAGUUGUUGGCGCGAGUAAGAGAUCUAGAAUUGCUGAAACAAAAAAACAAUUACGGUGAAACGGCGCUUACUCUAGCUGCUGCAGGAGGGAAGAAGCGUAUUGUCAAGAUGUUGGUGGAUAAAUACGAGGAUUUAGUGGAUGUACAGAAUUCCCAAGGAUACUUGCCUGUUGUUGUGGCUGCUCUCUACGGCCACAUGGACAUAGUUAGCUAUCUUUUACCCUGGUAUAUUUUUGUCCUUUUUGAAAAAGAGGAAAAAGAUCGAAGUUUGAAUACAGGCAAUAAAGUUAAAAAAGUUAAAAAAGUUCUUCUAAAGGAAGAGAGCAACCAGGCUAAGGAGAAACAUCCAAAAAAUUAUGAUCAGUUGUAUCAAGAUAAUUUCAAGUUCCUUUCAGUCUCCAUCAACACUGAACUCGAUGGUUAUGUGCAAAACUACAACUUCAAGGUUGAGAGUAAAGAUCUGAAACCAGUUUCAAGUAGCCCUGAUGAUGAUGCAACUUCCUAUGAAUAUUCAAGCAAACAUAAUGGGUUUAUGCUUUUCCAAGCAUGCAUCAAGGCUGGAAUCUAUGAUAUUGCUUUGGCGGUUUUCAAGCUACGUCCAGAUAAAUGCAUUGAAGAAAUGAAGAAGGAGAAUGGUGCAACCCUAUAUCCACUAGCCCUUGCAGAUUUAGCAAAAGGAAAAAUAAAUCCAUUCUUUGCUUGGGUAUAUGACAACAUCUCCUCAGCCCGUUUGGUGUGCGGGAUGAAGAGCAUGGACAAUCGUGUAGGAGCUUGUGACUUGUUGCGUGAAAUAACUAAGUAUCAAGCUAAACCAACAGUCCUGGGGAUGCCAAUGCUGAUGGCUAUUUUACAAGAGAAUGUGGAUUUUAUCAAAGUAGUUAUUGAAGAGUGCCCUGAUGUCCUGUGGUUCGAGAUUGAUGGAUUAACACUUUUUGCUCACGCAAUUUCAAAAGGCCUUGAGAAAAUCUACACAUUUGCAUAUAAAAGGCCUGAAACAGGACAUUUAGCAUCCUUUAUUCCUGAUCGUGAUGGUAACACCCUCCUCCAUCAAGCUGCAAAGUUAUCACCAUCCCCUUUUACCCAAUCUCUUGGUCCAGCUUUACAGAUGCAGAGAGAACUACAACGAUUUAAGGAAAUGGAGAAGAAGGUACCUAUGUGCAAAGGAAUAUUAAACAAAAAUAACCAAACUCCAAAAGAUUUAUUUGGAAAGGAACACAAGAAGCUUAAGAAUCAAGCACAGAUGUGGUUAAAGGAUGUAGCAACAUCUUGUUCAGUAGUGGCAACCCUGAUUGUGACUAUAAUGUUCACUGCGGCAUUCACAGCUCCAGGCGGCUAUAAAGAGGACACCGGCAUUCCGACAAACUUGCGAUCAAAAUACUUUAGUGCUUACAUAAUUUCAGAUGCAUUCUCAUUGUUCUUUUCCUGCACUUCAGCUAUGAUAUUCUUGGGGAUUCAUACAUCGCUUUUCAGAGAAGAAGAUUUCCUAAACAGGUUGCCACUGGCUUUGAUGUCCGGUCUUUGCACUCUCUUCCUGUCCAUUGCAACAAUGUUGGUAGCUUUCGGUACUGCCUUGGUCAUAAUGUUGCGCGAGCACUUUGUGUGGAUCUCUAUACCACUGCUUAUGCUAGGAAGUAUUCCAGUCAGCAUUUAUGCAAUACUGCAUGUUCGGAUCUUCUUUCACGUUCUCCAUUUGACCUUCCGAAACCCAACAAAUUGAGAAACUAUACAUCAGAGUAUGCUGAAGAAGAAAAAACAAAAUGAAUUUUCAUUUUUAUUUUUCUACAUAAAAUUGUCCUUCAUUUUGCCAUGUUAGUCUUAUCUUAUGCUUGCCCCCUUUUUAUUGGUAUUUUCCUUUUUGAUGUACUUGUCUAUAGAAACAAUGAUUUAUUGUAUUAUGUCUUUCUAUGCAUAUGUAUGCAUUUUUGCAUA